AUGGUGCUCUUCAAGCGAAAGCCGGUGCAGUUCCUGCAGACGCCCGUCGUGGACGAUGAGUCCGUCGAGGUCUGGCACAUCACCCAGACUGGCGAGAUAUUCCUCUCGUAUGAAGACUACCUCAACCGCAUGGACUUCUAUAACCAGCCGCGAUUCAUAUGCCAGAUCACCGGCCACUCCGGCCUCACCUUCUUUGCCGCUCUCAGGAGCGAGCAGGCCGGUGCGCAGGAGGUGGAGCAGGCCUUCCCGGAAGCGCUCAAGGGCCCCGUUUUGCGACGCGUCCAGUUCCAGACGAUUUCGCGAAUCGACAACCUCGUGGACAUGAUCUACGAUGAAUUCAAGGCCGACUACUACCCCGGCGAGGCCGUCUCCAUACACCUCUCUACCGGCGAGCGCAUGACGGGUGUGGUCAGGGACAAGGCGCGCCUGGGCAGCAAGGUCCUCCCGGACGGCACCAUGACGCCGCCCUACUCGCGCUACUUCACCAGCAUAGACGGCCGACCCGACGACGAGGCCGUAGUCGACGAGGAUCACAUAUACAGGGACAGAAAGGUGUUUACAAAAUCCGUCCUGCGGUCCUUCAUCAAGAAGACGGUCACGCGCGAGGCUUGGAACGGAGCUCCGUGGCUUGUCAAGCACGAUGUCGCCGCGCAGUACCACAUUGACACGCGCGUGCCGCCGCACCUGCGCUACGACAACAAGCUUCUGGAGAGGAAGCAGCACCAGGCCCAGCGGAAGGCUUUGGGCGUGCAGGAGCCGAACCUGUCCAACGGCUCCUUCCACAACACCUUCGGCCCUACGCGACUGCCCGAGCUCAAGCCCGCGCCCAAGGCACACAAGAUGGCGAAGCACCAGCACGGGCACCCGCAUCACGAGCCGCCCCUCAAGGGGAGGCAGGGCGUUCACGUUGGGCCUGACCCCGGUUACAUGCCUGGGAACAACCCAUUCCAGUUCCCCGUCUCGUUUCGGAACAACAUGGCCCCCCCGCCUGCACCGACCGUCUUCUCAGCACCCGAGCCGCCACCGCCACCACCGCCCCCGAAGUAUCCGAUCGAAGAUCUGCAGCUGGAGCCCCGCGACGAUUACGUGCGUCCUCCGCUCAAGUUCCUCUGCAGCGAUCCGCCCCAGGGCGUCGUCGACACGGACGCGCGGAACGACAAGAUCCUGAUGAAGUCCAUUGGGCCGCUGUUGGAAACCUGGGACACCCUGAACGUAUACUGCGAGAUCUUCAAGCUCGACUCCUUCACCUUUGACGACUUCAUCCAGGCCAUGGAGGUUACCACUGCCGAUUUACCAUGUGAGAUGUUUACCGAGAUCCACUGUGCAGUUUUGAAACAGCUGGUCAGCAGCGAGGCGGAUGGUGGCAAGCUUCAAGUGCGCAUGCCCGAGCUUGAAGAAGACGACGAGGAUGAGGACGACGACGACGAAGAUGAGAGCACAGCGGCCACCCCGGAACCUGAGCCACAACCAAAGCCAGCAACCCGCGCAACCCGGAGCAGCCUGGCCAAGGCCGAGGCCGAGAGGUUGCAGGCUGAAGCUGCUGCCGCUGCUGAAGAGGAGGCUGCCGAGCCGCCCGUGAAGCACCGCGCCACCGAGGUGCUUGCGGAUUAUGAUUGGAUCGAGCAUCUGAAAAAGCGCGACUUCAAGGAGGGAGGCUGGGAGCUCAUCAUGGUCGGAUUGCUGCAUCAGUUGUCAAAGAAUCCCAAGAAGACCGAGGUUUGCGAGGAGCUGCUGGCCCACUUGGUCCCCGCCGACGAGGAGGAACCCACUCAAGAGACCGUACGCCAAUGCUAUGGAAAUCUCGAUCUCAACCUUCGCAUCCAGGCCCUGCAGAUUAUCUGCAUGCUGACCGCCGAGACCAAGGCCGUCCGUGCAUACAUGGAGGACUGCGCCGAGACCAUGACAGGCUACCGAAAGGAGAAGAUUGAGUGGCAGAGGAAUAGGAAGCAGGCCGUUGAGGAGCUCAAGGCCCUAAAUGACCAGCGCAAGCUUCUGCUACCUGAGAAUAUGCCUCAAUCUCCCAAGUCUGAGGAAGCCUCCAAAACGAACGGCGAUGUCAAGAUGACGGAUGCCGAAGAGUCGCAAGCUGAAGAGCCUCACGAAGAAACUGCCGAGAGUGAUGAGGAUGUUCACGCCCGCCGCACUACUCGCCGUGGCGGCGACCGGGCAGCCGAACGCCAACGAAAGCGUGAGGAGGAAGAACAGCGGAGAAAGGAGGCCGAAGAGGCGAAGGCUGCCGCGAAGGCGGACGCCAAGCAGUCCAAGCAGACGAAGCAAUUCCAAAAGCUGCUCAAGGACAUCGAAAAGAAAGAGGCCUACAUCAAACAGUGCGAGGAUGAAGUCGGGGUGAUCGAAAACGAUCUGCGGGAAGCCGACUGUGGUCGCACUCGAGUCCUGGGCAAAGACAGGUUCUGGAACCGAUACUACUGGUUUGAACGGAAUGGCAUGCCCUACGGUGGGUUGCCGACAAGCUCGACCGCUGAGGCGGGCUACGCCAAUGGCUGCAUCUGGGUGCAAGGCCCCGACGACCUAGAAAGAGAAGGUUAUAUCGAUCUUGCUCCUGAAUACCAGGCCGAGUACAAGCAAAAGUUCAAGAUCACGGUGCCUCAGCGGAAGAAGAUGGAGGAGGGCCGGACAAGUGUGUUCAACGCUUACCAAUGGGGCUAUUAUUCCGACCCGGCCGAUGUGGACUCAUUACUCAACUGGCUGGAUCCCCGAGGUUUCAACGAGUUGAAGCUACGAAAGGAACUUAUCAACUUCAAGGAUAAGAUCAUCAACGGCAUGGAGAGUCGCAGCAAGUACUUGAACGCGGCCGAAGAGGACGACGGAGAGGACAAGAAGGAGGAGGCCAAGGAGCCGAAGCGCAUGAGCACCCGGAAAACGAACCAGCCUUCGCCGGAGCCGCAGCCGUCAUACCGGUGCCUGAACUGGUCGAAUACAAUGGCUGUGGAAGACCUCGGCCAUCUUCACAGUGAACAGCCUCCACCACCAUCAACGAGAGGCAGAAAGCCAACACGCAAGUCAAAGGGGUAA